GUCAACAGUGACGCUGACCCAGUCAGAGGUCGAUUUCCACUUUAACCGAGUUUUCAUUUCGUGCUGCCGCUGGAACACAAGCCAAAAAGGUAUUGAUCAGAUCAGAUGCCAAGUCUGAGAAAGCACGCGUGUGGCGCAUUGCUGAAGCAAGCGGGAUGUGUCAAAGUAAACUCGCCCGUUAACAAGUGCGGACGAUGCACAUUGUCUUCUACAGUUCAUGAUCUCGUCAAAGAUGGUAGCAGCUCAUACUUCUGCCCAUUCAUCGCCGUCUACAGAAUGGAUAGUCUGUCUCGAUAAACGACCCGCAGAGCGCUCUGGAGAAGAUGUGGACAUUAUCAUGGCCAGACUAAGGAGUGUGAAAGCAUUUGAGAAGUUCCAUCCCAACCUACUACAGCAGAUCUGCCUGUGUGGCUUCUAUGAGUGUCUGGAGAAAAGCAUAACAUUGUACAGACAGGGCGAUAUUGGCACCAGCUGGUAUGCUGUCCUCUCUGGAUCGCUUGAUGUUAAAGUCUCUGAAACUGCAAACCAUCAGGAUUCGCUCACUAUUUGCACCCUGGGCAUUGGGACAGCAUUUGGGGAGUCUAUUUUGGACAACACACCACGUCACGCCACCAUCGUAACGCGAGAGUUCAGUGAACUGCUACGUAUCGAGAAGAAGGAGUUUAGGACCCUGUGGGAGAAGUAUCGGCGGUGCAUGGCUGGUCUCCUGGCCCCUCCCUAUGGCGUCAUGGAAAGCGGCUCCAGCUCUGACAGAAUGUCUGAGAAAGAAAAACUGGGCAACUGCCUCGGCUCAGUGUCCAAACAUCUGAAUCAGGUACCAUCGGAGAAGAUCCUGUGGGCCGGUAAGGUGCUCAGGAAUGCCAUUCUCUCCCGAGCACCUCACAUGAUCCGAGACAGGAAGUACCACCUGAAUACGUACAGGCGGUGCUGUGUGGGCACGGAGCUGGUUGAUUGGCAGAUGCAGCAUGGCUCCUGUGUUCACUCACGAGUUCAGGCAGUGGGGAUGUGGCAGGUGCUCCUGGAGGAGGGAGUGCUCAACCACGUGGAUCAGGAGCUGAGUUUCCAGGAUAAGUAUCUGUUCUACCGCUUCGUGGACGACGAGCAGGACGACACGCCUCUCCCCGGUGACGAGGAGAAGAGGGAGAGUGAUGAAGAGCUGCAGGACAUCCUCCUCCUCCUCUCUCAGAUGGGCCCAGACGCACACAUGCGCAUGAUCCUUCGAAAACAGCCUGGCCAGAGAACAGUAGAUGAUUUAGAGAUAAUUUAUGAAGAACUGCUGCAUAUAAAAGCUUUGUCACACCUCUCCACUACAGUGAAGAGAGAAUUAGCAGGUGUCCUCAUUUUUGAGUCCCAUGCGAACGCAGGAACUGUCUUGUUUAAUCAGGGCGAGGAAGGAACCUCAUGGUACAUCAUUCUGAAGGGCUCAGUUAACGUGGUCAUCUAUGGGAAGGGCGUGGUGUGCACACUGCAUGAGGGGGACGACUUUGGGAAGCUGGCGCUGGUCAAUGAUGCGCCACGGGCAGCGUCCAUCAUCCUGAGAGAGGACAACUGCCACUUCCUGAGAGUGGACAAAGAAGACUUCAACAGGAUCCUUAGGGACGUAGAGGCAAAUACAGUACGACUGAAGGAACAUGAAGAAGAUGUUUUAGUUCUUGAGAAGAGCAGCAUCAGAAGUUCCAGCCAUGCCGGCUCCUCGCCUCUCAAGUACACUGUGAUGUCAGGAACGCCGGAGAAGAUCUUGGAACACUUCCUGGAGACCAUGAAAUUAGAUUCCCAGUUCACAGAGUCAGAUCCAGCGCUGGACGACUUUGUGCUCAUGCACUGUGUGUUCAUCCCCAAUACUCAACUCUGCCCCCUCCUCAUGGCCUACUACCAUGGGCAGGCGUCUCGGGGUAGCGAGGAGGAGCGGCGGGACUACGCUCUGAACAACAAGCGCAGGGUGGUCCGCCUGGUACUGCGGUGGGCCGCCAUCAACACGGACCACCUGCAGGAGGAGGAGAGCUCGAUGGCCUUCCUGCAGGAAUUUUAUAUGUCAGUAUCUGAAGAUGCCAGCCACAUUCCUGUGCUCAGAGAGCAACUCCCUGAACUGGAGAAAGUCCUCGAGCAGAAUUCCGAAGAUGGGAAGCACUCUCGGAGAAAGCAUAGAGUCCUCCUCCGCCAGUUCAGCAUGGGAGACGAGAAGCUGCAGACACGACAGCCAAUCAAGAGCACAGAUGAAAUCCUGUUUAAGGUGCACUGCAUUGACCACACCUACACCACCAUCCGGGUGCCUGUCUCCGCCUCUGUCAGAGAGGUGGUGGCUUCUGUAUCUGAUAGACUGGGCUCGAGAGAUGACCUUCUCCUGGUACACGUCAGCUCAGCGGGUGACAGGAUGGUGCUGAAGUCUAAUGAAGUGUCCAUCUUCUCCUCUCUCAGCAUUAACGCUCGUCUGUUUGUGUGCUCCAGGGAACAGCUGGACUCUUUGACUCCACUGCCAGAGCAGGAGGGUCCAUCAAUUGGUUCUUUACCCACCUUCGAGUUAAUGAGCUCCAGAGACCUAGCCUACCAGAUGACUCUGUACGACUGGGAACUCUUUAACUGUGUGCAUGAGCACGAGCUCAUCUACCACACGUUCGGGCGGCAGCACUUCAAGAAGACCACGGCCAACCUGGACCUCUUCCUGCGCCGCUUCAACCAGCUCCAGCUGUGGGUGGUGACAGAGGUGUGCCUCUGUACUCCCCUCGGCAAGCGCGUCCAGUUGCUCAAGAAGUUCAUCAAGAUCGCUGCACACUUUAAGGACUUCAGGAAUCUGAACUCAUUCUUUGCCAUUAUUAUGGGAUUAGGUAAUCCAGCUGUAGGCCGACUUAGUCAGACCUGGGAGAAACUUCCCAGCAAAUUCAAGAAGUUUUAUGGAGAGUUUGAGAACCUGAUGGACCCCUCUAGGAAUCACCGCGCGUACCGACUUACGGUGGCCAAGCUGGACCCUCCCCUCAUCCCCUUCAUGCCGUUGCUCAUUAAAGACAUGACUUUUACUCAUGAAGGCAACAAGACAUUUAUUGACAGUUUGGUCAACUUUGAGAAAAUGCGGAUGAUCGCCAGCACGGUCCGAAUAAUGAGAUAUUGCAGAAGCCAGCCUUUCAACUUUGAAGCUCCUCAGGCCGCUAAGAACCACCAAGAUGUCCGGAGCUAUGUCCGUCAAAUUAGCGUGAUCGACAACCAGCGUACCUUUUCGCAGCUUUCUCACAAGCUGGAGCCCCGGAGGACCUAAUCCUUCCUCCCCACUAAAGCACUACAGUAUCCACGCUGCUUCACCGCUGCCGAUUAAUAAGCUAGCUGCAUAUGUGAGAAGUACACAGAGCUCUUCCUCCCAACGCUGCGUAUGCCGUCUCCAGGACAUGCUCGCCUUCUGUUCAUUUAACUGCAUUUCGAAAGUUCCAAGGACUUACAACAGAACACCACCUUUCGCAGGUGUUUUUUUGUACCUCCCAUGUGCAGCACACAGUACACAUUUCUGACAUGUGGAGAUGUUUGUUUUCUAGUUAUAAGAGUAACUGAUAAUGAAAACUACUGUAUUGUAAUGUCUGCUGAAGAUUUGAUAUAUUCUGUCAACAUGUUCAAGGAGUUUAAAUAUGAUCAUCAUGUGCUUGAUUCCUACGUAUCAGUUGGAGAGCUUGUCAAAAAGUGUCUUAAACUUCAGAUGUACAAACUCAUUUAUGGAGAAGUUUGGCUUGUCCUAUGGCUUGUCCUAUGAAUUUUUGUACAUGAGUUUGUAGCUUUUAGAAAUUGGGGUGUACAGAUAUUUUGCAUUUGAUGUAAUCUGUUAAUUUGUUUCACAUCUCAGCAUAAAAUGAAUUAGACACUUAACCGAGGGAUUCCAAGCACACUUUACAGGCAGUCAGCCAUGUGAAAACAUUUUACUGUGUACAGGCAACCUGAGGGACUCUUUGACCUGUAUGACAGUUUCUUUACUUUUGACUCUGUUAUCCUGUACAUUAUAUUUGAAAUAAGCCAGUGAGUGUCAUCUUUUAAUUCGAGGGUAAUUCAUCCAGAUUCAAUGAAGUGUAGGAACGAGAACCAUUUUUAUACACAACUUUUCCCUUUAGGAUGUCAAAGUUAAACUGGUAAUUGGUUCUUCACCCACUGUGUGCCAUUGCAUUGUCAGGUUAUGCACACGAGAGGCUGAAACCCCAGCCCAGCCUGGAUUCUACAUGUGGCUUCUGCCUCUGGAAUUUGUUGUUUCAUGAGUUCCAAAUAAAUUAAUAAAUUAAUUAAUCAGGGAUACUAACGAACAUAAGGAGUGCCACAAUUAACUUCUUCAUGCAUAAUCAUCACCAUACACAAACUACACCAGCACAACCUCAGAAGGUUUACUAUAAGAUAUAAACCAUGGGUGAGCCUCCAGAACAGGAAAAAAACAUAUAUACAUUUUACCUUAAAGAACCUCAAAAAGCCCAGAGAGUUUUGGAAUAAAGUUGAGUACAGAUGGAAUGAAGGUAACCAGACAGGAUGAGGAAAUAGAGGAGGGGAAAGGACUGUUCAUGUUGCAGUUCAUUUGUGAACUGUGGCCCAGACACAGAGGGCAGCCAGUGGAGCUACUCACUGAUCUCGGAUCAGAUGAACUGGCUGCGGCUGGCAGCAGGGGGGCCAAUUCUGCAGUGGGCACAAACAUCUUAACGGCUCAGAUCCAACUGAACGCUUCUGUAGAGGAAUGGGGCCCCUGGCAGCAAGACAGCAGGAAUAGGGCCCCUGGCAGUAUGACAACAGGAAUGGGGCCCCUGGCAGCAGGACAACAGGAAUGGGGCCCCUGGCAGUAUGACAACAGGAAUAGGGCCCCUGGCAGCAGGACAACAGGAAUGGGGCCCCUGGCAGUAUGACAACAGGAAUGGGGCCCCUGGCAGCAGGACAGCAGCCUGAAACUUGUUUGCUAUUAAAGCACACAUGCAAUUUUAAGGAACAAAUAGCGAAACGUUUUGGACCAAACAAUCCCAUUAUCUGGACUGAAACCAGUAUCCAGUCCACUUACAGAGGACACAGUGGGAAAAGAGUAAAUAAUGUCCACAUUUCAGAAUGGAGAGCAUUACGAGAGACUUCCAGCAUUUGGAGGUUGUCAGUGUGUUGAAGACACCAGACAGUUGUUGAAUAUAAUACACAUUUACAACCAUUUAAAACAUAUUUACAUCCAAAUCUAAAAAUAUCACAAGUUUAUUCAAGAUUAGGCCGUGUUCAUUCGUCCGUUUUGGAACCUGUAUAAAAAGCACUGUGGUUAGGUUUCUUCGAAAACUGAUGAAAAUAACUUUGAAUGAAAACCUCAUAGUCAUUGUUAAAGAUCCAAUGUGCUGGAAUUAAGAGCUGAACGAAAAUAAAUAAAAACAAACAACAAACACCAACUGUCAUGAUGAGUCACGGAAUGCACUGCAUUUGCGUUUUCUCUAAAUAGUUCAGUCCUAUUACACAGGCCUAUUUGCUGAAGCAAAUAAUUUUUUAAUUGUUGACCUUAAUGCCCAU